CCCUCAUCGCCUUGCGCUAGUGUGGGUGUGGGUCUGUGUUUAUACCAUUACAGACGAGCAAGAAGGAGAGGCGAGAUAUAAACACAAUCUGAAAAUCACCUGGAGAAUACCUUACCGUGGAACAGUGCUGUAGAGUUACACUCCUCAUCUCAGAAUGGUGUUCUACACGUGUGGGCCCAAUGAAGCCAUGGUCGUGUCAGGGUUCUGCCGUGCUCCCCCACUGCUGAUUGCUGGAGGACGAGCAUUUGUCAUACCCUGCAUUCAGCAGAUACAGAGAAUUUCCCUGAACACUUUGACUCUGAAUGUGAAAAGCGACAAAGUCUACACCCGUCACGGAGUGCCCAUCUCCGUCACUGGGAUUGCACAGGUGAAGAUCCAGGGUCAGAACAAGGAGAUGCUGGCUGCGGCCUGUCAGAUGUUCAUGGGGAAGUCUGAGCAGGAGAUCGCUCACAUCGCCCUGGAGACCCUAGAGGGGCACCAGAGAGCCAUCAUGGCACACAUGACAGUGGAGGAGAUCUACAAGGACAGGAAGAAGUUCUCGGAGCAGGUCUUCAAAGUGGCCUCUUCGGACCUGGUCAACAUGGGCAUCAGUGUGGUCAGCUACACCCUGAAGGACGUGCACGAUGACCAGGAUUACCUCCACUCUCUGGGUAAGGCUCGCACAGCUCAGGUACAGAAGGACGCCCGCAUUGGAGAAGCCAUGGCAAAGAGAGACGCUGUGAUCCGGGAAGCUCACGCUAUGCAGGAGAAGGUCUCUGCUCAGUACGUGAAUGAGAUCGAGAUGGCGAAGGCGCAGAGAGACUUUGAGCUGAAGAAGGCAGCCUAUGAUGUGGAGGUCAACACCAAGAAGGCGGAGUCAGACCUGGCCUAUCAGCUGCAGGUGGCGAAGACAAAGCAGCGCAUCGAGGAGGAGAAGAUGCAGGUGCAGGUGGUGGAGCGAGCCCAGCAGAUCAUGCUGCAGGAGCAGGAGAUCACCCGCAAGGAGAGGGAGCUGGACGCCAAGGUGAAGAAGCCAGCUGAUGCCGAGCGCUACCGCCUGGAGAGGCUGGCUGAGGCAGAGAGGCUCCAGCUCAUCAUGCAGGCUGAAGCAGAGGCUGAGAGCAUCCGGGUGAGUCCGACUUCCUUCCUUCCUUCCUUCCUGAAUGCAUGCAAUAUGUUUUUAAAAAAAUAAAGGGGUUUAGUUAUU